UGGCAGGGUAAUACGACGUUUGUGAAUGGUAUACACACACGAGCGCGAGGAGUGUGAAUUUCUCGAGUGAAUCACUUUAGAGUGCCGUUUGCGUCUAUUCCGUUUUAUUCGGUUGCAGACUGUUGGAUACAAAGGUAGAGCGCGCGUCUUGUCGUCGAUUUAACGGAUUCCUACCUACCUACCUAACAAUCACAUAAAAUUUGUGUAUUUAUUUUUUUCGAUUACAUACAUACACAAAAUUUAUAUGUAUCACUAUCGUAUUGUCGCAUUUUCUCGUCUACGGUAAAAAAAACCAACGGCGCGGUGGUUACAGUUUUGAGAGAAUAACAAAUAAAAUAAGAAUUGAAUUCAGAACAUCAUAAUUUUUUUAAGAAAUUUGGAUAUUUAUUGCGAUUUUUAUGAAAAACAAAAAUGGAUUGUAAUACCUGACACCCGAAAAUAUCCCCUAAAAAAGAAUUUGAAUAAAAAUGAGGAAGGACAUGCGUUUUGAACUCCGCUAACGCGUAUCGAAAAUAGAGAAAAAUCUAUUGACUGUCAGACUGCUAUACGGAUACAGUGAAGUUUGUGGUGUGUUUACAUAUUGCCUUUGCAGGAUUUCCUUCCUUCUUUUCCAUGUCUUGCCAAAUACACAAAAAUCAAUAAAGGACUAUCGAAGGGGAAAAGGAAGAAAACGCGAGCCAACCAACGAACCAUUCGUUAUUCCUUCUCACGAACCAACAAUCAGCCAGUCAGCCAGCCAGCACAGUACACGGCUCGAUACGGUCUUAUAACGGACAACGGCCUCAUGGAUGGUGUUUAGUACGUUUGCGACAUUAUAUGAGUGCAGUUGUGAUGUGUAUUAUGGUGUUCGCUUAUGUUCGCCGUUGUGGAUAAUGCGGAUGAAGAACAACCAAUCAAUCCAAUUCCAUUAAGGAAAAGAUUUUUAAACAAUUGAAUUAAAAUAAAUUAUUUCAAACAAGCAAACAUUUGGAAAAAAGGUGUUUCACCAACUAAAAAUAAAUAUCCUCCUUCCUAGGGGAUUCCAAGGACAAUCUAAUAUCUGAUACAAGGCCAAAAAGAAACAGGAAGCAAAAAAGAGGUCCUUUGAAAAUUGUGUAUUGUGUAAAUCUGUAGGCUGGUGUAGUUCUACCUAGAAAAAAAAAGGAGGACAGGUCGUGUUCUGCAAUAACGCAGAAGACCUCCAGAGAAAUCCAACGACAUUUUACAAAAUUCAUGUUUGAAAAAGGAAUAUUCCAGUGAUUAAGUAUUGAAAACGUGUUCCAUCAUGUCCUUACAAACCAAACGACAGCAUUGCUAUUUGUGCGAUCUGCCCCGCAUGCCCUGGGCCAUGAUCAAUGAUUUUUCAGAAGCUGUGUGCAGGGGCUGCGUCAACUAUGAGGGUGCGGAUCGCAUUGAACUAGUGCUCGAUGCGGCCCGGCAAAUGAAACGUCUGCAUCAGGCCUCCAAGAGGAGUCAUGAAAACGGCGAAGUCCAAACCAGCUCCGUGCAACCACCCGCACAAGGUCAAACACACAGGGUCACGGCGGCCGGCGGUGGACCCAUUAGUGUGGGAGUAGUGGGACAACAGCAACAUCAUCACGCAUAUCCUGCUCAACGAAUUGGACCGCCACAGACCACACUCAUGGAUUUCCCCGUUAAAAUGGAGCCGCACGAUGCCAAUGUUAGACCCGUGCGUAUAUCACACAUGGCGCCACAUCACAUGUCCAUGUCCAGUCGGGCUGUGACGGCGGCCGCUGCAGCAGCAGGUUCCAAUAUCAAUCCUUCGCAUUUACCCGUGCCCGUGCCACCAGUAUUGUCGGUAAAUCUUAAGAGAUCCCCCUCAGAGGAAGAUGAUCAUGGUAACACAGACGGCAGUAGCGGUCCAUCGGGCAUGAAAAGACCGGCCUUGGAUGAUCCCUCAACACGUCCGCCACUAACGAGGGGCGAAUCAUUGCCAGCAGCAGUUUCAUUUGUAUCGGAACGUUCAUCGGGGAUGCGGGAAAAACAUCAGCCCGUCAGGGCACCUUCGUUUGAUGCCUCCACCUUUAAGCCUGGCGUUUUUCCAACAUUGCCUCAUUCGGCCGUUUCGCUGGGCACUUCGACGCCACCAGCGUUACCAACAUCUCAACCACAACCUCUUCCACCACAGUCAAUAGCACCACCAUCUAUGCCACAAUUAUCAACAACAGCCUCCUCAGUAACCCAAUUAGCAAGUCCGAUGGCUAAUUUAAUGUCUAUUACAGAGACAUUGCCACCAGGCAGCCCACGCAAUGGACCCAGUCCACCCGGACCACCACCCCCACGUACGGCAUCUCGGGGCAGCCAGCAUUCACCGAAUAGUUCAGCUGGCUCCUCUUCGAGCCGUCGUUCAUCAGGAUCACGUCAUGUGUCCAGUACAACAGUUACUAGCUCCGAAGCUACGGGCAAUCAGCAGCAACAACAACCAACAAAUGCACCCCCAGUAGGCCCAGGUGGACCGGGUGGUGUUGGCAAUGGCCCAGCAAAUGGUCCACUGACAGCGUCAGCACCGGGUGCGCAGGGCGGACCUGAUGGUGCAACAGGACCAGCAGGUGCAAAUCCUACAGGUCAGCCAACAACUGGCCUCACCACCAGUACAGCAGGAACUGCACCACCUGGCACAACAGCACCGCCACCUAAUGCAGCACAAAAUACCACACUGAAGUGUACCCUUUGCCAGGAACGACUCGAAGAUACUCACUUUGUACAAUGCCCUUCGGUGAAUCACCAUAAAUUCUGUUUCCCAUGCAGCAGAGAAAGCAUCAAGAGGCAGAAUGGUCUUGGCAAUGAGGUAUAUUGUCCAAGCGGUGAUCGCUGUCCGUUGGCAAAUUCAACAAUACCCUGGGCCUUUAUGCAGGGUGAAAUUACCACAAUUCUAGGAGAAGAGAUUAAGGUGAAGAAGGAACGGGAGUCUUAAUGUCCAUUUUAUUGCAAAAAGCUGAGGCGAGCUUUGGAAAAAUACUAAACCUAUAAUUCCUCCCCCCCAAAAAAAUAACUAUUUUUUCAAUGCGGAUGCUGCUGAGGUUCUCUGCAAAUGCAAGUCCAAUUUGAGUUCCUUGCAACAAGUUAUAACAACAACAUCUUUUCAAAAGAAAACCCCUUGAACAAUUUUGAAACCUCUUGGACAGAUAUGAGCUGGUCCGUUGGUGUGAUUUGCAUUCAGAGAAACAACCAAAUGCCAUCCCAUUAGUUAUUAAUAAUUUAUUCGAGAACCAGUAAAUAAAAAAAAUCAACUCUUGUGCAUGUGUGUUGUGUAAGAGGCUCCUUGCAUCCACAUCCUGAUGUGGCUGGAGAGAUAUGUUACCUAUGACGACCUACAUACACACCUAAUGCAACAACAAAAUUGUCUUUUUUGUGGUCAACUGCAAUUGGCAGUAACCAAUCACCCCCGCCGCCGCCACCACCUUGACACAAGUGGCUGCAUAUAAUCAAUAUUGUAAAUAUUGGAAUAAUAAAUUAUAAAUAAUUUUAGUCUUAAUGCAAAAGAGAGAAGAAAACAACAAAAAUAUUUAAUAUCCAUAGAAUAUAAAAAAUUAAUUGUAUAUGUAGGGCUAAUUUAUGUAUGUUAUGAUCUGUAUGUAAUAUUCUAAAUUGUAUGUAUGUUUUCGUAUUUUAUUUGUUUGUUUUAUCCUUUUGUGUAUUUAUAAAUAUAUGUUGUGCAUAUCUAUUAUUUAUGUAUCCGGUAGUUACGAUGACAACAUAUUGUGUAUGUGUGUGUAUGUCUAAGAAGUAAUAAUUGCAGAUUCAAUGUUCCUCAAAGAGAACUUGUCAAUGGGUACGUUUAACGUACCAGAUAUGGCCGUUAUUUAAAUGGAACCUAAUUUGUGGUAUGUGUGCACAGUUAUUUGCGGGUUUGCUUACUCUUGGUCUUUGGCGAAAAAGCAAUAUAGGUCAAAGUCAAUGAGCAAUGGUGGUGGCCUACUUAGUCGGCCACCUAGCAAAAAUAAAGAGUCAACCAGCAAGUACAAUGCACAACAACUGCAGUUUCUAGGAUCAUAGCUAGCAUUACUACUACAGAGAAGUGUAGAUGUUUUCCAGUCCUGCACAUACAUACACGUAAUUCAAUGACAAAUAUGUUGUUCUUCAACUCCGAUAUUUAUUAAGAUUUAUGCAUGUCCUUUUUUAUAAGCCAUGUGACGAUCAUAGAUGUCAAACUGCGAUAUAUGAUCUAAAUUUUGUAAAUUGUUUUGUAGUCCCUUAGCAAAUAGUAGUGAUAGCUGUAGUAUACACAUACACCCAUACACAAACACACACAUACACACACGGUAACAGGUCCUUUUUCAGUUAUCUGACCCCCAUACAUACAUACGUGUACGGUACGGUGGUGGGUCAGUGAAUUUUGUUUUGAAAAAGGGCCUGUGGUUUAUAGUCCUAAGCAACAUAGAUGGCCACAUUUUCGAAUGGAUCCAUCCAAACGCCCAUAAGAAUAUACAAAAUAAAAACAAAAUAAAAUCUUUAAUAUAAAGUAGAACAAUAAGUAUUCAUUUUAAUCACAAUCAGCGUAACGGGAUAAUAUAUAUGAAACAAAGCAACAACAAACAAAAAACUACAACAAGUUUGCAAACGAAACAAAACGUUAUAACUAACCUAAAAAAAGCGUAAAAUAUACAAAAAAAGAAGACAACAAGCCGUUUUGAACUACUUAUGUUUGAAUGAAAGAAAGAACUAGAAAAUGUUAUUUAAGAUCUUCCACAGAAGUGGGACCGAAUGGAACGUAGGUUCAAACUAAGCAAUUAAAUACUUGGAUACUAUAUCUAGAUCUGAUUGGUCCAAACAAAUUUCUAUGUAUUUUUUGGUUUGGUAUUUUGUGUUGAAAAAGAAAUCUUGGAUUCCCAUGGAAGGCAUUCUUAAAAUUUCCCUUUCUGGGCAAUAAAUGAAAAACGCAAAAAAGUAGAGCAUACUUUAAGGGAAAUUCAGCUUUUUGGUUUUGAGUAUGCAAAAUGCCUGUUUUAUUUUAUUGUUUGUUUCAAUCAAUUUUGUAUCUUGUGAUAAUCUCAGUCGGACUUUGGUAGACCCCUCCAAACGACUAAUAUGCUAAAACGUUGUCCAUUCCCCAAGUUAAAACUACAUUACAAAAACAAAAAGAAAA